UCGAGCAGGUCCCUUUCUACUUUAUGAUUUAAUCUAUAAGUUAUAAGUUCAUCAUUAUGAGUGAGCCAUCUCUUUCAACGAAUAAUCAUGGCCAUUGAGAAGCCAGGUCUGACCAAUCUGGAAGUCUUGCUCUCGUUGGUCACCCACCACUAUUCCAAUCGAAGUCAGCCCUUUUGGAGGAACAUGAGCCAAUGGUCGGGAGACCUGAGUGAUUUAAGCAGUUUCCCAAUGAGCAGUUCCGGUCAGUCCUUCCAUACCAAUCGGACUUAUAUGGAGGAUUUUCUGUUUCCAUUCCUCCAUUUCAACGAGACCACUUUCCCCGACCUUUUGGACUCGUUGGAAGAGAGCUUCCAUUGUGGAAAUGGUAGUGCCACCUUUGAGCAGCUCAUACGAUAUGUGGACAUUUCUUGGUGGUUGGAUGGCGUGUUCCAAUUGGCCAUUGGAGCCUUUGGCGUGUUCAUCAACAUCAUGGCUUUGCCCAUCUUGUUCUCUAGGCGCAUGAAGAGCGUUUUCAAUUGCCUUCUGACCAUUUUGCUGGUGAUGGAAACGCUUUUUAUUCUGGCCACGUGCUACGAGACCUUUCGACAGAACCUCCAUUUCAAUUCCAAGACAUCCAAUGGGAUCUUUGCUUUCAUCAUCUAUCCCGCCAAGAACGCCAUUUUGUACUACUCGAUUUACAUGGCCACCGUCAUGGCCCGAGAACGUUACAUGGCCGUGAGAUGUCCAGUUAAAUAUCACAACGAGAAUUCCGGCCUCAAUCCAUGGCGAAGGGCGCUCUUCUUGAGUUUGCCUGUGGUUCUAUUCUCGACACUUUUCAUUGUUCCCAUAUUCUUCGAGGCCAGCCUGGAGACCAAGGUGGUCCAGCUCCAGGAACACGAGGCAGCCCAAUUACACACCGAGUUCCACCUGGGAUCUCAAUUUGAAGAAGAGAACAUCCAAGCCAAUAUCCAUCAUGUUGAGAUGGACCAGAAUUUUUCCAUGACUGCGAUGUGGCUGGAAUCGUUGUUCCCACCCGAGCCCAAAUUCACCAAUGUCACCAUCCACGAGCUCACCCCUUCCAAAUUACGCUUCAACCAGCACUACGUGCUUCUCUACAAGAGCCUGGCCAACUUUGUCCUCACCAUGAUCCUUCCGUUCGGCCUCCUGGUCUUCUACAACUGGCGCAUCAUCAGCGUUUUGCGGCGCAGACGUCGGCUCACUAAUCGGCCACUUCAGUCGCAAAACUCGCGCUCCGUGCAACUCAAGGCCGAAGAGGCCCGCAAGUCGUACGUUCUGUUCGCCAUCACGUUCAUGUUCAUCGUGUGUCACAGUGUUCGCUUUGUCCUCGGGAUUCAUGAGUGCCUCUCCGUGCAGGAAUACCAGGAGGGCGUUCGCAACCACUGCAACCCAUCCCCGUUGUGGGUCCUGAUCCUGCAGAGUGUGUCCAACCUCCUGCUGACCCUGAACUCGAGCUUGUGUUCCAUCUUGUAUUGCUUGACGAGUCGAGACUUUCAGAACGAGCUCCGAACCCACUACGCCUGGUUCAAGGAGCAGGUCUCACCCUCCAUGGAGGAACAGCCACCCCUGCCACCACUCGUGGACUCGGAGAACAAUGAGGUCAUUAUUCCAAUGGCCGCUUUUUUGAGUAAAUCUGAAAGCCGAGAUACGACCUCGACCAAUGUGACCACUUUGGCUGGAACUGGCCAUAAAUUGCCGAACUCGCGACGAAAUGGCUUGGAGUCGGGGAGUUCGGAGGGCAGUUCCAGAUCUUCCCAAUGCUCGUCGGUGGACACGAUUGCGGUUAUGGCCGGGGAUCAAGCUAAUGUGAUCGACCAUGAGCUCAGGUUCAACCAUUCCACUUUACCUAUUUGUCGUGAUUUGCUUCGAUUAAGCCCAGCGGAAAUGGGAUGCGCAUCUGGGAACAAUGGAAACUUUUCGCUUAACCAUUUGAGAGAUAUGGUUUAGGGGGAUAGUAUGAGUGUGUUUUGCUGUAUUAAAUAACUAGACCCAUAUCAGAAACCUCCUACCUACCAACUUCAAUAUUUGUCAUAGGCAAACGUUAUCUAUUUGUCAGAAACUUUGAAUGUACCUAAAAUAUGAUGUCUCUAGUUGUUUCGACAUUUUACAUAUCACGUAUUUUACAUGGACCCAUUUUGCUCAACAAAAAUAUGUAAGUACACCGCAAAAACUGCUGUAACCUAUGGA